GCUGAGCUCCCCGCCGGCUAGGAGUCUUUUGCAGUCCAUCGGAGGACACGUCGGGUGAUUGUGGGUUUUUUUUUUUUUAAUUUUAUUUUUCUUUCCCUCCGCCGCCACUGCUCGGCGUUGCCGCGGCGCUUUGCUGCUGGGCAUCGGAUAGGAGGAGGGGGAACGGCGGCGGCAAUCAGAAAUCCGGGAAGAUCCGCCUCCUCCUCUCUCUCUUUUUUUUUCUCUCCCUCUCUCCCUCCACGGUUCCCUGGGGCAUCCGCUGGGCAUUCCUGGGCUAACUAUGGUCGCGCUCUGUCUGUUACUCUUCGCCGGUCUCCUGCUAGCGCCGGGGUACGCCUUCAACCUGGACGCGGAGAGCCCGACUGUAUACUCGGGUUCCGACGGCAGCUACUUCGGCUUCGCGGUGGAUUUCUUCGCCCCCGACCAGUCUUCGAUGUUUCUCCUCGUGGGUGCUCCAAAGGCCAACACUACUCAGCCUGGGAUUGUAGAAGGAGGCCAGGUGCUCAAGUGUAACUGGAAUUCUAAUCAAAAGUGUCAGCCCAUCAUAUUUGAUGCUAGAGGCAACAGAGAAUUUGCUGUAGAUGAUCUUUUGGAAUUCAAAUCACAUCAAUGGUUUGGGGCGUCUGUAAGAUCUAAAGAAAAUAAAAUUUUGGCAUGUGCUCCUUUGUACCACUGGAGAACUGAACAGAAAGCGCAGAGGGAACCUGUGGGAACUUGUUAUCUUUACGAUGGGUCUAAAGCUGUUGAAUAUGCUCCUUGCAGGUCAACAAGCACUGAUGCUGAAGGACAGGGCUUUUGUCAAGGUGGAUUCAGCAUUGAUUUUACUCAGAAAGACAGAGUUCUACUUGGAGGACCUGGAAGUUUUUAUUGGCAAGGCCAGCUAAUCUCUGAUCAAGUGGCUGAGAUUGUGUCAAAAUACAGCGCUACAGUCUACACAACCAAAUACGAUCACCAGUUAGCAACACGUUCAGCUAGUGCUACUUUUGAUGACAGUUAUUUGGGUUAUUCAGUUGCCGUAGGGGAUUUCAACGGUGAUGGCGUAGAAGAUUUUGUGUCGGGUGUCCCAAGAGCAGCAAAAACUUUGGGCAUGGUAUCCAUUUACAAUGGGAAAAGCAUGGCAUCCAUGUAUAACUUCACUGGAGAACAGAUAGCUGCUUAUUUUGGAUAUUCUGUAGCUGCCACAGAUAUCAAUGGAGAUCACUAUGCAGAUGUGCUUGUAGGUGCCCCACUCUUUAUGGAUCGUGGUUCAGAUGGCAAGCUUCUGGAAGUGGGCCAGGUGUCUCUUUACCUCCAACAAGCCUCUGGAGGGUUUCAAAGUUCAGCCAUAAAGUUGAAUGGCUUUGAAGUCUUUGCAAGAUUCAGCAGUUCAAUUGCCCCUUUGGGAGACCUUGACCAGGAUGGCUUCAAUGACAUAGCAGUUGCAGCACCUUAUGGUGGAGAAGACAAGAAAGGAUUGGUUUAUAUCUACAAUGGGAGAGCCACAGGAUUGAAUGGAAUGCCAUCUCAGGUCCUUGAAGGACAAUGGGCCUCUGAAGCAAUGCCACCAAGUUUUGGAUAUGCCUUGAAAGGAGCCAUUGAUGUAGACAAAAAUGGCUACCCAGAUUUGAUUGUAGGAGCUUUUGGUGUUGACCGAGUUGCUUUAUACAGAGCCCGGCCAGUCAUUACUGUGAACACUGGAUUAGAAGUUACCCCAACAAUUUUAAAUCCAGAGAAAAAAAUCUGUGAAGAAAAUGGUCAAAAGGUUUCUUGUUUUAAAGUAAAGUUCUGCUUAAAAGCUGACGGCAAAGGGAAUCUGCCCACGGAACUCACUUUCCAUGUGGAGCUCCUGUUGGACAAACUUAAACAAAAAGGUGCCAUAAGGCGAGCUCUGUUUCUCCACAACAGACAACCUGGUCACUCAAAGAACAUGACAGUCUCCAAAGGAGGUCGAAAGAGUUGUGAAGAACUUGAUGCUUUUUUAAGGGAUGAAUCUGAAUUUCGAGAUAAGCUUACUCCAAUUACUAUAUUCAUGGAAUAUCAACUGGAUUACAAAACUGCUUUGGAUUCUACUGGUUUACAGCCCAUCCUCAACCAGUUCACUCCUGCAAAUAUUAGCAGACAGGCUCAUAUUCUUUUGGAUUGUGGGGAAGAUAAUAUCUGCCGCCCAGAUUUAAAAGUGACUGUUGACAGUGAUCAGAAGCAAAUCUACAUUGGAGACGACAAUCCAUUAACCCUAAUUGUCAACACUCAGAACUUAGGCGAGGGAGCCUAUGAAGCUGAACUCUUUGUAACCAUCCCACCACAAGCAGACUUCAUUGGUAUAGUUCGCAACAAUGAGGCUCUUGCAAGACUUUCAUGUGCAUUUAAGACCGAGAAUCAAACUCGGUUGGUUGUCUGUGAUCUUGGAAAUCCUAUGAAAGCAGGAACAAAGCUCUCAGCUGGUCUUCAUUUUAGUGUUCAUCAACAAUCUGAGAUGGAUACUUCUGUCAAGUUUGAUCUACAGAUCCGUAGCUCCAAUUUGUUUAACAACCUAAGCCCAGUGAUCUCAUAUCAAGUGGACCUGGCCAUUUCAGCUGCUGUAGAAAUUAGAGGGGUCUCCUCUCCUGAUCAUAUUUUCCUCCCAAUUCCAAACUGGCAACCAAAAGAAAAUCCAGAAACAGAGGAUGACAUAGGACCUUUAGUUCAACACAUCUAUGAGCUCAGAAACAACGGUCCAAGUACCUUCAGCAAGCUGAUGCUCAAUCUUCAGUGGCCAUAUAAAUACAACAAUAAUACUCUUUUAUAUAUUAUGAAAUAUGAAAUUGAAGGACCCAUGAACUGUACAUCUGAUAUGGAGAUUAACCCACUAAAAAUUAAGGUAUCAACUUCUCAGCAAGAUGAAAGGAAUGAAACGCUUAGCGGAGAAGAUAUCCGCAAUCACCAAAUCCAUCGGAGAGAUCUAAGUGUUCCAGAGGAAGAUGUACAAACUUUGGGUUGUGGAAACGCAGAUUGUUUAAAAAUAUUUUGCCAAGUUGGUCGCCUAGAGAGGGGAAAAACUGCAAUUCUCUAUUUGAAAUCUCGCCUGUGGGCUCAGACUUUCAUGACUAAAGAAAACCAAAACCACUCCUAUUCUCUCAAGUCAUCAGCUUCCUUCAAUGUCAUCGAGUUCCCCUAUAAGAAUCUUUCCUUUCCUGAAGAUGUCCACAAUUCUACAAUAGUUACCACAAACAUCUUGUGGGGUAUUCAGCCAGCACCAAUGACAGUACAAGUAUGGGUAAUCAUACUGGCUGUCUUAGCAGGAUUAUUACUUUUGGCCCUUCUCGUUUUUAUAAUGCACAAGGUGGGUUUCUUCAAACGUGUGCGGCCACCUCAGGAAGAACAAGAAAGAGAACAACUUCAGCCUCAUGAAAACGGAGAAGGGACCUCAGAAGCUUAAGCAGUAUUUUAACUGCAUCUUUUACCAAAAGAUUUAGAGCGAUUGCCAACUUCCUUUAGAAAUAUGCAUUUUGAUCCUUGAGGACUGCAUAGCAAAUGCCUUUUUUUUGCUAUUGGCAAAAUUAACUGGGAACUGAAAGUGACAUGUGCUUGUUUCCCUCUUAUUAAUCAAGUUCACAUUUGUGACUAAUACAGAUGCACUGACUAAUAUAUUUUAGUGCCACAAUUUUGCUUACUGAUGUCCAAAAGGCAAAGUGAGGAGAUGGGGUUUGGUUGGUGUUUCAUUUGUUUUUUAAAAAAAUUAUUGGUACAACUUGAUCUGCUCCACUACUUCCAAACUUGUAACAACUACAGCUGUCUAGAGAACAUGAACAUAAACUGAAGACCUGCUCCUGAACUUUUUAACUGGACAUUCCCAAGGUACUCACCAGUUUCUGAAGAAUUUCUUCACCAUUUCUAACUUGGAGAUAUUAAUGGCAAGAAGCAUUGAGUGAAAUAACUGACAGAUUUACUUCAAUUGACUAUUUAGGGAUAACUUCUGUAUAGAAGAGGACCUUACUGUCACCGUGAUGUGUUUCCAUUUAAGGAAUUGCUGUCCAUUUUAUGGAAUCUUUCAUCUGGAAAGAUGUACUUUGGUUGUAUGGAAGAUCAUAGAUCGCAUUUAUCAGUUCCGCUACCCAGUUUUAUGUAGCAUCAUGAAAUUGACUGAUUCAUGCAAUCUUUUUCUGAUUCCCUUUUUUAAUUUUCUGUGGUUUUUUUACAUUAAAAAAAAAUCAAAAUCUGUGCCAAGUUGUCCACAUUCUACAUUUAGGAUAAAUAAUUCUAAGAUUUUCCUGUAUAAUUUAAUUUUGUUUUGAAGCUCCAGGUUUACAAAUAGUUUGGAAUGAUUUCUGGUUAAAAGUUAGACCUUGAAAGACUUCAGGAAUUAUAAAACAAUAAAACCCAUAUUGAUUUCAGUAAGCUCUCUGCUAUUCCUAUAGAGCUUCUUCAUUAUAUUACAUUACAGAUUUCAACUCUACUUUUCACAUAGAAAUUUAAAAAUUUCCUUUAAACUUAUUAAUAGUUUUAAUAAUAAUUUUAAAGGAAAUCAUCAUUUUUAUCUCAGAAAGUAAAUCAAGCCUGGGUCCUACGUUCAUAAUUAUCAUAAAGGAGUAAAUAAAUUAUAGAUGGGCAACUUGAGCUCCCCAGCUUACAACUGAGCCCCUUUCCUAACCGUCUUUGAGAAAUGAUUGCUGAAUACUGACAGUCAUUUCCUACUAUUCUGAGAUGGAAAGCCUGUAGAAACUCUAGUUUAAGCCCUCAAAAAGGGCUAUCAUGAUUAAAAAAUAAAAGUAAUAUCCCCAACAUUCUCUCAAGAUCUGUCCUGCUUACCUGUGAGGUAAGACCCCAAUGAUCUGUGGCCUUCAGAUCCCCUCCUCCAAAUGUUAAAUGCAAAUGUGGCCAACGAAAAUUCUUGUGUUCCCAAACUAAAUACACUCCCAGCUAUAAACCUAAGGAGAGACAUUGAUUGUUUUAGUGGUUAACUAGUAAUGAUACUGAGGAACAAUGUGGUUUUUAAUGGCGCGCAUCUAGCCUUUCCCCAAUUUCAUGGCCAGAAGACACUUUCCAUUCCACAGCUUUUGCAAUACAUUUGCUACAUUCCAGCCAGCAACAUCAGAGUAUGGCAUCAGAUAAAAGUUUCUUGAAUUUCAGGACAGGAUUGUAAAUUCAGGGCAAGCUAUAUAAAUCUUAUCAAUAAACAAACAUGCUGAUGUCGGACAAGAAAAGACCUCAGCCCAGGCACCCAUCGUUAGCUACAAUGGUACCAAAAUGACAAAACUAUGUAUAGCAUAUAAUGCACCGUCUUUUGGUCCUUGCGUCACAAAAUUACACAUAGGUACAUAAAUAAUUGAGUUUGUGUCACAUAUUUUGUUCCUUGUCUCCUCAUCCACCCAUUCCUUUUAAAUACCCAUGAGCUUUAAAGAUCUCUUUUAGACCACUGGAAUGAAUGGAACUUCUUUUUGAGAUUUUCUGGGAUCCUGGCAGGGAUUUUCAGUACACACUUAAACAUAUAUUUCAGUUAAGAAAGUUGAUAAAAAAAUGCAAGGGCUUAUAUGAAGAGUUCGUUUAUGGAGAUCACUGAGGCCAAGUACAUAAAGCCACUGUAAAACUAAAUUCUGAAGCUUCAUUUUAAACAUUUUUUCUUUACUUUUGGUUUUAAUGAAUCUCUUUUGGGGGGGAAUGUAAGGGUAUGAUUUAGUUGAGAAAUAAAAGAAUGUAUUUCUUUUAUUACUAUACUGUAUUAUACUCUUACUGUGAUUUCUUUGGUUACUAUAAAGACAAACAUGUCCCACGUGUAAGAGCUGUCAAAGCUUAUAUGUUCAACCACUGAUAAAAAUUAUAAAGCUUUCAAUGACUGAGAAAUGUUAUUACUAGUUUUCCUAAUAUUUUUCUUCAGCUUUGCUGAACAGCAAAAUCUAAAUAGGCUGAGUUGCAGUGUUUCAUCUACUGUAGGGUCUGGUUCACAUAUACAUGUACAUUGAUUUUUUUAUUAUUACUUUAUUCUUGCUGACCAGCAGUGGCAUUUAUGUACCAGUGAGAAACAGUAAGUCUGAAGCAAUAUGAGGAAAGAAAAGAAAUCUUGAAAAAAUGGAAGAGGUGUGGGUGUGUGCGUGCUACUUGUGAUUAGACUUGUAUUACUGAAUGAACACUAUCUGAAUAAAUAAAGUUUUGAAUGUAAGAAGCUGCAAGCACCUUACAUUCAUAUCCUGUAUGUA